ACUCCGCUACAUGCGGGCUUUGGAUUGGUUGCUAUGGCGGCCGGGCCCUUCCGUUGCUAUGGCGGCCUCGUCGCUGGAGUUGGAGAUGGCGGGAGCCGGAGUCGCGCCGGUUGGGUCUCGUCCGCGGCCGCUGCUGCUUCUCGGCCCUCCCGCCUCGGGUCGUUCGGCGCUGUUGUUCGGCGCAGCACUAGCGGGGGCUUCCGUGGUCCCCUCGGCUCGAGUGUUGUUCUUGGCCCCGCGGCCCCUGGAGCGGCUUCCGGGCGGGAAAACAGCUGGAGGAGGAGGAGGAGCGAUCCAGAAAAUCCAUUUCCUGUACCCGUCUUCCUUCCAGGAGCUACUUCAGCUGUUGGCCUCCCUGCAUCACACCUUACCCAACAGCCCCUCCAUGAUUGCUCUGGAUGGUUUGGAAGAAUACCUGAACGGUUGUUCCAGCGCCUAUACAGCAGCCCAGCUUGUAGCUCUCUUGCUGGACACAUCCAAUCAUUUCGCUCAGAAACGCCAUUUGUCUGUGGGCUGCCAGCUGGUGGUUUCCAUGAAGUUUCUGGGAGAAGCUGGGGAAGAACCAGAAUUUUUCUCAGCCAUCGAACGCUACUUCCCAGCAAAACUGUGGCUGCAUCCAGAGACUGGGAAAGACGGCGGUCUAGAUAAUCAAAAUUUAACCAGGCUGAUUAGGGCACAACUCCUCCGGCCAGGGACAAAGGAUCAAGAAUGGAUGGUGAAAUUUGAUGCACAAGGUAGCAUGACAGUCUCUCUGUUGCCAUGCAAAAAUGAACCUGAGGAUGAAACGGUUUCUGAAAAUAGGCCGCCUGAUUCUGAAGUUGGUAGCACUCAGACUUAAGGACUUCUGGACAAUAUUUUGAUCUACAGCAAACACACCUUCCAUUAAUACAGAAUGUGAUUUUUUUUUUAAAAUCAAAGUUUGAGUUUUUCAUUUAGACUGAACUGGCGAGUUGACAAUUUAAAGAAAUGUAAUCAAUUUCAGUGUUGCACAAAGUUGGAGGUAGCUUGUAUGCUAUUUGGUCAGUUAGGAGAGUAUUCUCUGCACUGUGAUUCCUCUGGAAGGGGGGGUGGCUUGGGCUGCUCCAGUUUCUUAGCAUUGAUAUGGAUUUGUUAGCCCUUGGAAGGAAGGAGGGAGCCCCAUAAAAGAUUGUAUACUCUGCACAAUAAUCGUCCUAAGUUCUCUCAAGAAGCUGUGUUGGAGAAGCCUCCUCAAAUAUCUACUUGGGGAGACUGUCAAAAGGGCUUUCCGGCACUUAGGCCUUCAGCUGCUAUUUGCAAACUGCCUGGAAAUGAAACCAGAUUAAGGAAUCCCUUCUCAGAUUUUAGCCCCAGUCUUUGGCUAAAGUGAUGGCCUGAUAUUCAUUGUGCAUUAUGUUUACAUGGACCCUGAUCGGUGGGUUUUCCUGCUUAUCUCCACUGAAUCAAUAAAAAGGCCAUUCCUUUCA